AGGGAAAAAUUAGAUUGAAAUUAUUUUUUCUGAACUUCUGUCAUAAGCAAAAUUUGUUGUCUUCCAACCAUACGUAUUACCGAUUUACUGGCCGUGAAUUAGGAGCUUGGAUUGAAUGAAUGGCUGUGCUGAAAGCUUCUCACCCUCCUCUGCUUAGACACUCUAUGCGGCUCAUGGCGUAUGGCGCUUUUCUCACUCACUCUCGCGCUAGCCCUUCCUUCCUCUCUUCCUCUUUCUCUGUUUCCCGCCCGUCACUUCUUUUCUGCAACUCCAGGACAAUUGUUAGGUUGAGGAGGCUUCCAAACAGGGAUUUUAGUAGAAAUGUUCUAUGCACUAAAUCUUUUAUGUCAUCAAGCAUUGCUAUGGAAGCUCUUCAAGAAAGACAUGGCUCAAAAGAUUAUGGUUCUGAACAAAUUCAGGUGUUGCAAGGUUUAGAUCCUGUGAGAAAAAGGCCUGGAAUGUAUAUUGGAAGCACUGGUCCUCGUGGGCUGCAUCAUCUGGUAUAUGAAAUCUUGGAUAAUGCUGUAGAUGAGGCCCAAGCAGGAUUUGCUUCGAGAAUAGAUGUUGUCCUGCAUGCAGACAAUUCAGUGAGCAUCACUGAUAAUGGGCGUGGGAUUCCAACUGAUUUGCAUCCAGUGACAAAAAAGUCUGCUUUAGAGACUGUCUUGACGGUUCUGCAUGCGGGUGGCAAGUUUGGAGGCUCAAGUAGCGGCUAUACUGUCUCAGGUGGAUUGCAUGGUGUUGGUCUUUCAGUUGUAAACGCGUUGUCAGAGGAGCUGGAAGUAACUGUCUGGCGUGAUGGCAAGGAACACAAACAAAAAUAUUCACGUGGGAAGCCUACAACAAGUUUAAUCUGUCACGAGUUAUUAGCUGGGCAGAGGGAAAGGCAAGGGACAUCCAUACGAUUUUGGCCUGAUAAAGAAGUGUUCACAACUGAAAUAGAGUUUGACUACAGCACUCUAGCUGGACGGAUUAGGGAGCUUGCUUUUCUUAACCCUGAGCUAACUAUUGUGCUAACGAAAGAGGACAUGGACACAGAGAAGAGCCAAUGCAAUGAGUACUGCUAUGCUGGAGGUUUGGUUGAGUAUGUGAAAUGGCUGAAUACUGAUAAGAAACCUCUGCAUGAUGUGGUGGCAUUCAAACGAGAAGCAGAUGGAAUUGUAAUUGAUGUAGCUCUUCAGUGGUGUUCAGAUGCGUAUUCAGAUACAGUGCUAGGAUAUGCUAACAGCAUACGAACAAUUGAUGGUGGCACUCAUAUAGAUGGUCUGAAGGCUUCAUUGACAAGAACCGUCAACAAUCUUGGGAAAAAGUCAAAGAUAAUUAAGGAAAAGGAUAUUAGCUUAAGUGGUGAGCAUGUGAGAGAGGGACUGAGUUGUGUGAUCUCAGUCAAAGUACCGAAUCCUGAAUUUGAAGGACAGACUAAGACGAGGUUGGGAAAUCCUGAGGUGCGAAAGGUUGUUGAGCAAUCUAUUAAUGAGUAUCUUUCUGAAUUCUUGGAGUUGCAUCCAAAUGUGCUUGAUUCAAUUCUUUCCAAGUCUCUUAAUGCUCUAAAGGCAGCCCUUGCAGCUAAGAGGGCUAGGGAGUUGGUGAGACAAAAGGGUGUCUUAAGAUCAUCAUCUCUUCCCGGGAAGCUUGCUGAUUGUUCGUCAACAAAUCCAAAGGAAUCUGAGAUAUUUAUUGUGGAGGGGGAUUCAGCUGGUGGAAGUGCUAAACAAGGCCGUGAUCGGUGGUUUCAGGCCAUUCUUCCUUUACGGGGUAAAAUUUUGAAUGUUGAAAGAAGGGAUGAAGCUGCUAUGUACAAAAAUGAAGAGAUCCAGAAUCUCAUUCUUGGUCUAGGACUUGGGGUGAAGGGAGAGGAUUUUAAAAAGGAGGCUCUGCGUUAUCAUAAAAUUAUAAUUUUGACAGAUGCUGAUGUGGAUGGUGCUCAUAUUCGCACACUAUUAUUGACGUUUUUCUAUAGAUAUCAGAGGGCUUUGUUUGACGAAGGGUGCAUUUAUGUGGGUGUUCCACCUCUGUACAAGGUUGAGCGGGGAAAACAUGCAUACUAUUGCUAUGAUGAUGCAGAGCUUAAAAAGCUCCGGAGUUCGUUUCCCUCAAAUGCUUCAUAUAACAUCCAGAGAUUUAAAGGAUUAGGUGAGAUGAUGCCUGCUCAGUUGUGGGAAACAACCUUAAACCCAAAGACUAGGCUUUUAAAGCAACUAGUGGUCGAAGAUGCAGCUCAGGCAAACUUUGUUUUCUCCUCGUUAAUGGGUAAACGGGUGGAUGAUAGGAAGGAAAUGAUAAAACAUUCUGCAAGCAAAAUCAACUUUGACAAGCUUGAUAUUUAGACUUAUUAGCAAAAACACGAACCAUUCUCGAAGAAAUGAUCAACACUCCUUGUUUGAUGUAGAGGCCUAUGAGGAAUCUUUUAAUUCCCUCGAGAUUACAUUAUUCUAUUUUUGAAAAAUAUUAAGUUCUCAUUUUCUAUUGUAAAAUAGUAGUGUAUUUUGACUUAGUUA